CCCAUGCUCUACCCUGGCCAGGAUGGGAAGAGCCAGCCGGGUUCCGUCCCCGAAGCUCUCCGGCCUGGGGCGGGACCGGCCAGCGGAUCCCCAGGCGUGGGGCCGGGAGCCGUAGGGUAGGGAGAUGUCGGGGGAGAGGUACCCCCGUCGGGGUGGCGGGGGAGACUCCCUUCCCCCGACGAACGGUCGACGGCAGGAGCCCGGGGGCCCCGGCCAGACAGAUCCGGACCCUUGCCCGACUCCCCGAGGCCUCGCCCACCCACCAGCCGGUGGCUGGCAAUGCCCAGAUUUCGGCCACGGGAGGCCCGCUCUCCACCCCAAGUCCUGGGUGUCUUCGGGGGCUCAGGGAGGAAAGUCCAGUCUGAAUUCCUCGGGGAGCGGAACAGAUCAGGCCGCGCCACCUAGCUCAGAGAGACCCCGGGGGCCGAGUCCCGGAGGUGCCGGGGAUCGGGGAGUGUGGGGGUCCCACAGGUUCCCCUAACCCCUCUAACUCCCUAGCAGCCUCUGGGCUGGCAGGAGCGAGGUUCCCCUGGGGAAUCCAAGGAGACCAGAGACCGGUUCCCCACGGUUCCAGACACCUCGGGAUGCCGGAAAGGAACCUGCAGCCCCGUGGGCCUUCCGGGAGCGUCGGCGGGGUCGAGCUGCCCCUCGCAGCCCGCCGCCUACCACCGCGUUCCUCUGCGUGACGGGCGAGGAGGUUCCCGAUGGAAAGAUAUCGCCCACCCUUCAUUCGAGAUGGGACUCGCUGGGUGACACCCAGAGGAAGCCAUGUUCCCUGGUUUUAAAUAGCCCAAGUUCCCAUGGAAACCCAGCGCGCUCCCGGGGACCGCAGCUCAGCCCACGUUCUUCCAGACCGUGGGCAGACCUAGGCCCUGGGCCUCGGGGCGGCACCGGGGCCGGCAGGCCGGAGGGGGACGGGCUCAAGACCCCCUCCUACGGGGUUCCGCUUGGUGCCGGGCAGCCCAAAGCCGGUGGAGUACCAGGUCGGAGCCCGGGAGCGGUGACGGGCCUGGCCCCCCGCCUCGAAUCGAGAGCCCGCCUGCCCCUCUGCAGCCCCGAGAAGCAGCCGGAGCGGAGACGGGGAAGGAGGCUUCGCUCCGACAAGCCGACGUUUUCAUCUCGGGGCCGAAAUUCCUCUCUGGCGUCCUGGUGUUUCCGGGGCAGUCGGAGCGAGGGGCCCAGUGUGACUGACCGAGAGCCGUGGGCCCGGCUCGGUCCGCUGCAUCAGGAGGAGAGCCCUCACGGGGGAGAGGUCAGAGCUACCGACCUGCGCUCGAGAAUGCGGCCAUUCAGUGGACUGCUGGAAAGGGAAGAGAGAGAGAUCGGUCACUGCGGAUUGUGGCCGUAUUAGAAUCAUUGAAUUUCUUGGACCGAGUCCAAGCCCCCAUAAUGGACAGAGAGAUUUCCAUUCACGACGCAAGUCAGAGAGGUCCGGCUCGGCAAACCCGGCGUUCCGCAGAUUUCCUUCGGGCCGAACCUGAGAUACCGCUGUGGAGACCGAGGUUUGAGAGGACCUUCUUCGGCCUCAUUUUCCCGGUGGAGUGACUCGAAUGGGGAGUGAUGUGCUCGUCCCGUCUGCUGUGCCUUUCUCUCUGAGCUAGAGUCCCCCUGGGGUCCAGCCUCUAAAGGAGCGAGGAGGCGAGAAACUAAUGGAGAGAAACUCCGGGUGGAAGCCUGCCAGCUCGCCUUAAUCUGGGAACUCUCCUAAUGGCUGAGCCGGACGGACUCCGCGGAGAAUUCGGGCUGCGAAGAGGGAUGACUCUCGGGGCUGAGGCACGCCGAGCUUUCAACAUAUCUAUCGGUCGGUCGAUUGACCGAUCGAUCGGCGGUAUCGAACGAGUGCUGACUGUGUGCCAAGCGCUGUGCUCGGCGCUUGGAGUGUCCGAUGCGACAGAGCCGAUAGGCACGAUCUCUGUCCUUGAGGACCCGGGAAUGGACACCGCAAGCCUCCUCGAGGGCUGAUGAAUCGGGCCAACUGGGACGGUGAAGAUUUCGGUUUUGCUCUCUUUUGCGUAACUCUGCAGCUGCUCCACCGGCCUCCCGACAGAGAAGGAAAACCCACAGUCCGGGGCCCAGAAAUAACCGGGUCAGCCCGGCAAAGCAGGAUCUGCUCGCAACAACCCAACUCCCUCCUCCCCGUGCCCUCCGACCAACCCCCCAUCUGCCGUCCCCCGGCCAAGCUGAGGGAAGCCCAGCCUGAGCCCGGCACCGAUGGGACACCCCGAGGAGCAAUCCAGGACUCGGGAGAGGGAGAGCAAAUUCCACUUCCCGCCACCGACCGGCUCCUCUCCCGGCCCCCCUCCUAGGUUGUUUACAUCAAACUCUUUUGAUGUUAUUAGUGAUGAUGCUUUCAUGGGGCUUCCUCAUCUAGAGUAUUUAUUCAUAGAAAACAACAAUAUCAAGUCAAUUUCAAAACACACUUUUCGGGGACUAAAAUCUUUAAUUCACCUGAGCCUUGCCUACAACAAUCUCCAGACUCUUCCAAAGGACAUUUUCAAAGGCCUGGACUCGCUGACGAAUGUGGACCUGCGAGGAAAUGCAUUCCACUGUGACUGCAGGCUCAAGUGGUUGGUGGAAUGGCUGGGCCACACCAAUGCCACAGUGGAAGAGAUCUACUGCGAGGGCCCGGCUGAAUAUAAGAAGCGCAAAAUCAGUAGCCUCUCAGGAAAGGACUUUGAUUGCAUAAUCACCGAAUUUGCCUGGUCCCAAGCACUGCCCUAUCAGUCUCUGGCUGUGGACACCUUCUCCUACCUGGACGAUGAGUAUGUGGUCGUGGCUCAGCCCUUCACUGGAAAGUGCAUUUUCCUCGAAUGGGAUCACGUGGAAAUGACGUUCAGGAACUACGACAACAUCACAGGAACCUCAACGGUGGUGUGCAAGCCUAUCGUCAUCGAAACCCAGCUCUACGUGAUUGUGGCCCAGCUCUUCGGAGGCUCUCAUAUUUAUAAGCGAGACAGCUUUGCGAACAAGUUCAUAAAAAUUCAGGAUAUCGAAAUUCUCAAAAUUCGCAAACCAAAUGACAUCGAGACGUUCAGGAUUGAGAACGAUUGGUAUUUCGUGGUGGCCGACAGCUCCAAGGCCGGCUUCACAACUGUCUACAAGUGGAAUGGAAAUGGAUUUUACUCUCAUCAAUCUCUGCACGCUUGGCAUAGGGACACGGAUGUGGAAUACCUGGAAAUCCCCAGGAUGCCUCACAGGGCAAGAACGCCGCAUCUCAUUUUGUCCAGUAGCUCCCAGCGCCCGGUCAUGUACCAGUGGAACAAGGGGAUCCAGUUGUUUGCCAACCAGACGGACAUCCCCAACACGGAGGAUGUUUAUGCCGUCAAGCACUUCACCGUCAGGGGGGAUGUGUACAUCUGCCUGACGCGAUUCAUUGGGGAUUCCAAGGUGAUGAAGUGGGCGGGGUCGGCCUUUCUGGACGUCCAGAGGAUGCCAUCUCGAGGAGCCAUGGUCUUCCAGCCUCUGCAGGUAGAAAAUUACCAAUAUGCCAUCCUGGGAAGUGACUACUCUUUCACCCAGGUAUACAACUGGGAUUCGGAGAAAGCAAAAUUCGUGAAAUUUCAAGAGUUAAAUGUGCAGGCCCCAAGGUCUUUCACCCGCGUGACGAUCGAUAAGCGCCAUUUUCUCUUUGCUUCCAGUUUUAAGGGCACCACACAGAUUUAUAAACACGUCAUAGUCGACUUAAGCGCGUGACACCCCCCUCCUACCCCCAUCCCGGGCAGACCUCUACCCGUUCUCCAGGAAGCGGACAGGAACGACGCAAUGCAUGAUGGCUCUCUCCUUCCCGUCCGUCCAAGCGACCGCCUCACCAAGGCUGAGAUGGCUAGAGCAAAGCAUUCCUAGUGUCUUCAUCUUUACCUGUCAAGUCUAGUGAUGUUGGAAGUUACCUUUUCUAAAGUGAAUGAACUGCGCUGCAUUGAUAAUCUGUAGAUAUGUGAGCCGCGGCUUCUGUUUUUUGAACAAAUAUGAGUGUGGUCUCUCCUUCUAUUUAUUCAUGGGUUGAAAACAGCUGCCAAAUAAAAUGUUUACAUUUUCUGUCUUU